AUGGCGUUUACAACUUUGGAUGCCAACCGACUUCAUGAGUCCCAAGGACAAGAGUGGACUCCUGACACGAGUGGACUCAGGAACCCAGACACGAGUGGACUCAGGAACCCAGACACGAGUGGACUCAGGUCCCCAGACACGAGUGGACUCAGGACCCCUGACAGGAGUGGAUUGAGGUCCCCUGACACGAGUGGACUCAGGACCCCUGACACGAGUGGAUUGAGGUCCCCUGACACGAGUGGACUCAGGACCCCUGACACGAGUGGAUUGAGGUCCCCUGACACGAGUGGACUCAGGACCCCUGACACGAGUGGACUCAGGACCCCUGACAGGAGUGGAUUGAGGUCCCCUGACACGAGUGGACUCAGGACCUCUGACACGAGUGGAUUGAGGUCCCCUGACACGAGUGGACUCAGGACCCCUGACACGAGUGGAUUGAGAUCCCCUGACACGAGUGGACUCAGGACCCCUGACACGAGUGGACUCAGGACUCCUGACACGAGUGGACUCAGGUCCCCUGACACAAGUGGAUUGAGGUCCCCUGACACGAGUGGACUCAGGACCCCUGACACGAGUGGAUUGAGGUCCCCUGACACGAGUGGACUCAGGACCCCUGACACGAGUGGACUCAGGACUCCUGACACGAGUGGACUCAGGUCCCCUGACACGAGUGGAUUGAGGUCCCCUUACACGAGUGGACUCAGGACCCCUGACACGAGUGGACUCAGGUCCCCUGACACGAGUGGACUCAGGACCCCUGACAUGAGUGGAGUCAGGUCUCCAGACACGAGUGGAUUGAGGUCCCCUGACACGAGUGGACUCAGGACCCCAGACACGAGUGGACUCAGGACUCCUGACAUUGUGAGGGUGAAUGUCUACAUACUCUCCCACUGUCUCUAUGUACUCUCCUAUAAAUCUUUGUUUUCCGACUGGCAGAAAUCCAACAACCUAGGAAAAAUAGAAUGUUAUACGUGCCUUCAAGGUGAUUAUACAUAA